AUGGAUAUCGAUAAAUCACUCGACGAGAUCAUCCAAGCUAAGCCCAAGUUGAGGAGAGGUGGCAAGCGAGGCGGUGGUGCUCCCACAUCUGCUCGUGCUCGAUACGCUUCUGCUGUUCCCAAAGCCGCUGCUCAAGCUGCCGCUCCAGCUAAACCUCUCACCGCCGAGGCCAUCAAGAUCAUCAUUAGUAACCUUCCUCAAGAUGUAACAGAAGCUGCUGUCAGGGAUCUCAUGCAAUCUACAGUCGGUCCGGUACGAACCGUACAAAUGUCAUACAAUGCUACUGGUAAAAGCACCGGUGUCGCCACCGUAGUGUUCAAGAACAGAGGAGACGCCAACAAGGCUCACGCUGCUUGUGAGAUGAUCGACAACCAACGUCCCAUGAAGGUUGAAAUCGCCAUUGACCCUAAUCAAGCUCAAUCUUUGGCAUCUCGUGUUGCCGCUGCUCCUCCUGCUCGAGGUGCUGCCAACCCCCGUGGUCGAGGACGUGGUCGAGGUGGAGCCAGACCUCGAAAUCCUAGACCUGCUAAGAAGACGGCCGAAGAGCUCGACGCGGAGAUGAAUGCCUACAAGGAAACCGGAACUGCUUAA